UUUUCAGUCACGUUCCCGAGUUCACAGUGAGCAGUCAUCGAAAACUUUGUGGGUCCGAGCCGAGUUAUUAUUGUUUUAUAUACUAUUUGAAAUCAUGUCGAAGCCAGCCUUAUACUAUGCCACCUUGAGUCCUCCCUCCCGCGCCGUUAUGCUGACGGCCAAGGCGAUUGGUCUUGAACUUGAACUGCGGCCAAUUAACCUACUGAAAGGUGAACACUUGACGCCAGAAUUUGUUAAAAUGAAUCCACAACACACCAUUCCCACAUUGAUCGAUGGUGAUGUCAGCAUAACAGAUUCGCACGCGAUUUGCGCCUAUUUGGUUGGCAAAUAUGGAGGAGCCGCACAUGAGUCUCUGUAUCCCAAGGAUCUGGUGCAACGUGCAAAUGUGGAUGCUCGUCUGCAUUUGGAUUCCGGUCAUCUGUUUGCCCGUCUGCGAUUCCUGUAUGAGCCAGUUCUUUAUAAUGGCUCAACGGACUGUUCCAUCGAUAAGAUCGCCUACGUACAAAAGUGCUAUGAAAUUUUGGAGGGCUAUCUAAAAGAUCAGACUUAUUUGUGCGGAAAUGAGCUGACCAUCGCAGAUUUUUGCUGUGUGGCCACCGUAACAUCCGGAAAUGAUGUGGCACUCAUUGACGAGUUCAAAUUUCCCAAGGUUAACGCCUGGCUGAAGAAGAUGGCAGAGCUACCCUACUACAAGGAUACCAAUGAAGAAGGUGCCGAGGAGCUAAAGGCGUUGUUCAAGGCCAAAUUGGCUGAAAACCGCUCCAAGUAGUGAUUACAUCGUAUUAUAUACAACCCUACAUAAUAAACAAGAGAGCGGUGCUUGAAUAAAUAUUAGAUUUAUAAAAAUCCAA